AUGGGGGAACACGCUCGGGGACAGUCCUCAGGACUGGGAGGGAUCUUGAAACGUUCCUCCUGGGUUUUGCUGACGGCCCAGUAUACGGCCUUCGUCUCGCUCCUACAUUAUUCCAGAGUGAUGACCCCUACCGGUGGUAAACGAUAUCUCACCUCCACCGCUGUCUUCCUCAAUGAAGUCGCCAAGCUCGCGAUUUCCCUCACCAUAGCGCUGUACGAAGUCUCCAGAUCGGCGCCCCCGUCGAUGCCUGCGACCUCUCUUCUCUUCUCGCUGUCCAGCGCCGUGUUUUCUGGCGAUAGUUGGAAACUUGCGAUCCCCGCUAGUCUAUACACGCUUGCCAACUCAUUGCAGUAUAUCGCCUUGUCGAACAUGCAGCCGGCGACCUUCCAGGUUACAUAUCAGCUGAAGCUUCUUGUUACCUCGGCUUUUGGCCUGAUGCUCUUGCGCCGCACCCUGCCGUUGCGCAAGUGGGCGUUCCUGAUGCUACUUGCGGUGGGCGUGUACCUGGUGCAGAUGCCAGAUGGAACUUCUGACGAGAUUAUGCUUGAACAUGAGGCGGUGCAUCAUUCCUUUCCCCGCUCGUUUGAGGAAUGGAAAGCCGUCACAGGGAAGCGUGGCAAUCUGCAUAAGCGAUCGGCGACAUACGAGGGAAUUGAAGAGGACCUACUGACCGCGUUGCCGCGGUUGAAUAGCACUAUUGGCCUUCUGGCCACGAUUGGGGCCUGCCUUGCGUCGGGUCUUGCUGGGGUGUACUUUGAGAAAGUACUGAGAGACAGUGCCAAGACGACAUCUCUCUGGGUUCGCAACGUGCAAUUGUCCGUUUACUCAUUGUUUCCGGCCCUGUUUAUUGGUGUCGUGUUUCUGGACGGCGAGAAGGUCGCUGCGAAUGGCUUCUUCGAGGGAUACAAUUGGGCUGUUUGGUCCACGAUCCUUCUUCAGGCCAUUGGAGGCCUCGCAACCUCGUUCUGCAUCAAUUUUGCAUACAAAGACGCAAGGAACGUUGCUACUGCUACAAGCAUCGUUCUCAGCACCUUUGGAAGUAUCUGGUUCUUUGGAUUCGAACUCACUGGCAACUUCAUUUUUGGAACCUUCGCGGUCAUCGUGGCUACCUAUUUGUUUGAGGAUUUUAGUCUGGAGUCCAACCAGACUAAACCCCAUGGCUUCCGCCCACCGCCGAUUCGAGUCGAACGCUUUGAGAAGGACGCAAAGAGUGAUGAGCCGUCGCCCGUCAAUGCUUCUCCGAAUGAAUUCUCCAUCAAGCUUCCAAGCACCCCCUUCCUGUCCCAAGUUGGGUUGUCCACAUCGCGGCCUACGUCUCCAGGCGUCGCCAGACUCGGUGCUACUCGUACGGCCGGUGGCGGUUAUUUUGACAAAUAG